AUGAAGACCUUCAUCCAAUUGACCCUCGCGGUCACCCUCGCCGCGACGGUCACUGCCUCGUCUCACCACCACGGUCACCGCCAUCUGCACGUCAAGAAGGAUGCCACCAAGGUCGACAAGCGCGAGCCCGACGUCGUGACCAAGGUCGUUGCUGGCCCUACCAAAAUUGUCUACCAGCUCGGCAACAAAUUCGUCGACGCCACGGAGGCCAAGAAGGGCCUGGACAACGGUGACUACAUCAUCGUUGGCGAAUCGACCCCGACUUACACGCCUCCUCCUGCUCCCUCCACCACCAAGGAUGUCGGCGCGCAGUUCAUCGAGUCCAAGUCGACCACCACCACGACCACCCCGCCUCCCCCUCCCCCGACCACGACAUCGACUCCGCCUCCCCCUCCCCCCAGCUCUACUGCUGCCGCUCCUGUUGGCAACGCUGCUUCUAGCGAUGACGGCGAUGCCAGCAGCUCGGGUGGUGAGAAUAUCGAGUUCCCCAGCGGGAAAGUCCCGUGCUCCGAAUUCCCCUCCAAGUAUGGCGCAGUUCCUGUCUCUUGGAUGGGCAUCGGUGGCUGGGCUGGUAUCCAGAAGGUGGCCAACUACCCCAACGCGGUCAGCUUCGACAAUAUUGUUGAGGCCGUUAAAGGCGGUUCCUGUACCUCCGGCUGCAUGUGCUCAUAUGCCUGCAAGCCCGGUUACCAGAAGAGUCAAUGGCCCACAAUCCAGGGUGCUACUGGACAGUCCGUUGGUGGUAUCUACUGCAACCAGGAUGGCUACCUCGAGCUCACUCGCGAGAGCGUCAAGCAGCUUUGCACUGCUGGCGAGGGUGGUGUCUCCAUCCAGAACGAUCUCGACCAAGUUGUUUCUACCUGCCGUACCAACUACCCGGGUAACGAGAACAUGAACAUCCCUACUGUGGCUGAGGCAGGCCAGACUGUGCCCCUCACCAACCCUAGCCAGUCUAAUUACUAUCAGUGGGAGGGCAAGAGGACUUCGGCUCAGUACUACAUCAACCCCAAGGGCGUCGCAGCCAAGGAUGCCUGCCUCUGGCAGAGCCCCACGUCUCCCAACGACCGUGGUAACUGGGCUGCCGUUAUUGCUGGUGUCGGCAAGGCUGACGACGGCAUCACUUACAUCUCUCUGUUCCUGAACAAGCCUACCUCCUCUGCCCAGCCCGACUUUAACAUGGAGAUUAUCGGCGGUAACACUAAAUGCGGCUACCACAACGGCCAGUGGAUUGGCGGCGACGGCGGUUGCACGACCGGUGUGGCCUCAGGCAAGAAUGCCAUCAUCCGCUACUACUAA